AUGCAUACGAUGCAUUAUAUAAUUUAUUGUUGUUUUUCUUCGCCCUCAUCUGCUUGGCAUGCAAAAUCAAAUAAAGCACAAUAAGACCCAACAUGACGGAAGACAUGGCUUAGACGUUUUGGCUUUGUAUCAUGGUUCAUACAGCUUCACAGUAUUCAUUUACUGGUGGUAGAUGGCACUGAAUGUAUGAUUCACAGCAUGAAAAACUUGGUAUGACCAUAUUGUGCAUGCUGUCAGUGCAUCUAUACUCUAUAGCGCAUGAUAUUAGGGAGAAAAUCCCAUUUACGAUUAAUAAAGAUAAAGAUUUCUAUCUAUGGUACACAUUCCGCGUACGCAUGCGGAGAAAGUCACUUUAGAAUCGGCCGAAGACCAUGCAUUAAUGAGAAACGACAAGACAAUGAUUACAAUCAGUAUUUUGUGUAUUUUAGCGUAGCAACACACCGAGAACCAAUUUCUGGCAAGAUACAUGCAGUUAAAAUCUGUCACACUGAUAUGCAGCAGUGUUAAUCUGUUCCGGAGAACAGGUUUUUGCUUUUGAUGAAACGAUCAAUGUGAAGUGCCACAAUCUUAAAUAUUUCUACCUGAAAAGAAGAAUGGGAUAAAAGUUUUAUGUUCGAGGUGUUAAAAGAAAGAUAUCCGUAUUGUUCUUAGCGAUUAUUCGGCAUCAACGACACAAAGGAACAUAGAUAACUCAAGUUGAUAGCAAACACUGAUAAUAACGACAUUUUUAUAUAUGAACACAGACAACAGAGAUCAAAUUAAUUUAUAAGAUACUCGAGGCUGCACUGUAGGGAACUUUGAAGAGGAGGCUGUGUUUCGUAGACGAAAUUGAAGAUACUAUGUGUGGCAUUGUGCCGCGAUCUUGUUUAUAGAUAUUUGUAAAAAGAGAAAAUGGGUGUAAAUUCAACCUCAAACAUGGAGGAGCCGUUCGCUUUGACCAUGGUCCUACGACUGUUUUACGUCAUUGUGUUUUGCAUUGGGCUGUUUGGUAAUCUUUUUGUAUGUGUUGUGGUCAUACAGCAAAGACGUAUGAGAACUGUUAUGAAUUGCUUCACUUUAAACCUCGCUAUUUCUGACUUAAUCAUCAUAGUGAUAUACGUUCCAUCCCAAUACGCGGCUUAUGAAAAUAACCAAAACUGGCCGUUUGGAAAUGUCGGUUGCCGUAUAACAUACAGCAUUGUUCCUGUUUGUCUCACAGCAUCCAUUGCAACUUUGCUUGCUAUAAGUUGUGAAAGAUUUCGAGGUAUUGUGUUUCCAUUUCAGCCUCGAAUGCGGUUAACAACUGUUCGGAGAAUCAUUAUCAUAAUAUGGGCUGUGUCGAUAGCGACAGCGUUACCACUAAUGAUAAUUGCUGGGACGAUAAUUAAAGACAAUAAUAUUUUUUGUGACGAAAUUUGGCCAAAUGGAGACUCCUCGAGAUAUUACUGGAUUGCCAUGUUUUUGUUGCAGUACGUCAUACCAUUAUUUAUCAUGAGCGUAUUAUAUAGCGUUGCUGGAUGGAAGCUUCAAAAACGUUCAAGGUUUCUCUCUAAGAACUCCAGAGGUCGGUCAGGAAGCGUGAAUUAUGCCGCGGAAAUUGCAAGACAAAGACAAAGUCAAAAGAUUACAAAAAUGUUGGUCGCAUUAAUUUUCAUCUACUCAUUUUGUAUGCUUCCGCAACAUAUUGUGUACUUUUGGACACAGUACGGAGAUUUAGGUGAUUGGAAAUACUUUCUGUACGUAUUUCGUAUUUCCAACGUAUUCACUAUGGCAAAUAGCGCGUUAAAUUCUAUUGUCUACGGCACACUUCAAACUGAAUUUCGCAAAGCUUACAGAUUAUUUUUCCUUAAGUGUAACUGCUGUUUAUGUUUGGAAAAAGGUCGGGAUGAUUCAAGUCAGGGAAAACCGUAUAACAAAAUUGCCUUUAAACUAAAGGAUGUUCAGAAAGACACUGAGAAAACAUUGUUAGGUCAAAGAAUGAGAUCGCUAGCAACAGCACUUCCGCAGACAGAUAGUAACGGCACCUCGGGAGCUAACAAAACAACAUUAAGACGUCGUCUAUCGUCAGAUUCGCGAAGUCCCUUGAUUUCUGGAGACAGUACGAGUGAUUCUCAACCUUCAAAACACUCUGAAUAUCAUACCGAGGGUGAAAAGAAAAUAAUGUUGCAACAAAAUGGCGUGAAAGUAAAAGAGUUGAAAAAUUGGAACGAGGAUGUAAAAGAUUUUCAUGAACACAUGAAUGCCGGAACAACAUACGUCAAGGUUUUUUUAAACAGGGAAAAUCAAAGGAAACAAGGUUUGGUUCAAGAUGAAAGACAGAUUUAUGUAGAUACAAAUAUUAAACUUGAGGAUAUAUGUUCGCUAGACAAUGUAAGGGAGACUGUGCUUUAGCUAUUUAUGUGGUAUAAACCAGGUUCCCCGCGGAAGGAAACGAACCUGCGUCCCCAUUACGUUUUCCGCAAACCUUUCUUGCUUUGGUACUUCCUAUCUUCAAACUAUUAUUAUUACAUGUCAAGUUCAGUUGAAUUCAUUUAAAAUUUUUAUGCAGUACUGUGAUCUUCAAACUGAAUGACUUUCAGAGAAAAUAAAGAAGCAAUUCUUUUUCUUCAUUAACUUCAGUUUGAGGAUAUAAAUAAAGAUCCCCGUUAAAAACGCCACGGGUUUCUGCAAUUGCUAUAUAGGCAGUUGCAUGCGAGCUAGUCUGUUCAUUUUAAUUAAAGAUUAAAUAUACCACACACACGAAGUGUUGGCAUACAAGUUCCUUAAUGAAGGAUUAAGUUCCAAUAAUAUCAAAUGUGUUCAUCACUUUUGAUUUAUAUAUUUCUGAAAUUGAUUCCAGAAAUAUAUAGAAAAAAAAUAGAGAUCUUGACUUGACUAGACUAGAGUCAUUCGCAUCUUCUCUUUUCCUAAACUUUUAUCACUUGCCAUCGGAAUCUGCUUAGAAGUUAGAAGAGAAAUUUGCAACCAAAAACGAAACAUAGCUUCAUUCCUGACUACCCCUUGACCUUACGAAUAGUAUAAUUGCCUUAACAGACCUGAAAGUUGUACCUAUAUAAUUCUUAUCAAAGUUCGAUGCCCAAUGUUAUAAUAGCCCCCAUAAUUGUCGUCACAG